AUGGUCUCCAUCGGAAGAGCCACGGAAUUCUCAAACUGGCUGCCACCAAAAGAGAAAAACCGACAAGCCGAAGAAAAUGAGUCAGAAAUCCUGGCCAUACUCGAUUCGGCAUACGCAAAUGACAGCACAGUGACUGCGCAAACCGUCAGCAAGUGGGAAUCCGCCAGCAAUGGUAAUCGGAACAGAAAGGAGAAGGUUGAGCUACUCAUCGCAUGCACGAUCGACCGGAUGACUGAACUUCCUGGUGAAGGCUCAUUCACCCGGGCCUUGAUCGACGCCUCAAUUGAGCUGCUCGUGGAGUCUGGCGAUCGCUCAUUCUCGACGUUUCAAUUCAAUCAACGAAUAGCCUUGGACAAGCGAAGAUACGAGGAGCCAUCAUAA